UGGUGAGCAGCUGGUUUGUGGCUCUCUGAACUCAGGGGCAGACUUGCAGUAGUAGCACACCUGCCACCCAAUACAGGGCUGCAAUUUCCUCUGCCUUGCCAAGAGAACAUCUACGCCAUGGCAUCUCUGACAAAAGGAAUUUUUAUUGUUGCUGCCAAAAGAACACCAUUUGGAACUAUGGGUGGGAAAUUUGUUCAAAAGAAAGCGGUAGAGCUCCAAACAGUAGCAGCAAAAGCAGCAAUGGAAGCUGGGAACGUCAAACCAGAACAGAUAGAUUCUACAGUAAUUGGACAUGUUCUGUCUGUUUCAUCAGCAGAUGGAAUACUGAUAGCUCGACAUGCUGCUUUAUACAGUGGUGUCCCAAUAGACAGGCAUGCCAUGAGCAUAAAUCGGCUCUGUGGAUCUGGUUUUCAAUCCAUUGUCAGUGGCGCUCAGAGCAUACUUGUGGGUGAAUCAAAAGUGGUCUUAACUGGAGGAGCUGAAAAUAUGAGUCAGACACCAUAUUUUGUGCGUAAUGUCAGGUUUGGAGCACCUCUUGGAACCAAAAUUGAAUUUGAAGACUCCUUCUGGGCUGGUCUCACAGACACAUAUUGUAAUUUAAAUAUGGCUAUGACAGCGGAGAACUUAGCUGUAAAGUAUAAAUUAACCAGGGAGAAUGUUGACAAGUUUGCCCUUCGAUCACAGAUGCUUUGGAAGAAUGCCAAUGAAAAAGGUUACUUUAAGGAAGAAUUAGCUCCAGUUACCAUAAAAACAAGGAAAGGUGAAGAAGUUGUGAAUGUUGAUGAGCAUCCUAGACCAUUCUCUACAGCUGAAGGGCUAGCAGCUCUUCCUCCAGUUUUUAAAAAAGGUGGAGUCGUUACUGCAGGUUCUGCAUCGGGUAUAUGUGAUGGUGCUGGAGCUGUGAUAAUUGCCAGUGAAGAAGCUUGCAAGGAAUAUAAUUACCAACCUCUUGCCCGCCUAGUUGGUUACUCUGUUGCUGGAGUUGAUCCCAGCAUAAUGGGUAUUGGUCCUGCACCUGCAAUACAAAAUCUGUUGAAGGUUUCUCGAAAAUCUUUAGCGGAUAUUGACCUGGUUGAUAUCAAUGAAGCAUUUGGUGCCCAGGUAAUGGCCUGCCAGGAAGAACUGAAACUGGAUAUUGAUAAACUUAAUGUCAACGGAGGUGCUAUUGCUCUAGGUCAUCCACUUGCAGCAUCAGGGGCUAGAAUCACCACACAUAUUGUACAUGAGCUCAGGAGGAGGAAAGCAAAAUAUGGAAUUGGAUCUGCUUGUAUUGGCGGUGGCCAAGGAAUUGCUCUCUUGAUUGAAAGCAUACACUAAUGAAUGUUUUUUUAUGAUAAGACUGACAUGAUAAUUCAUAAUAAUAAUUAACUUUCUAGUGCAAAUGUUGUUAAAAUUGCAAUUUGCACAUCCAGUAUUACUUCAUUUCAUACGUUUAUAGUAAGAAAUAAACUACUAUGUUAUCAUCUUUACUGAACCUUCUUAAGUUCCAAUGUGAAAAAAGUGUACAUUUCUUGAGGUAUAUAAUUGUCAAAAUUUUAUUUAAAUGUUGUAGAGAGAAUUUUAACAGUUAUUCUGGAUAUACACUGCUCUCAUAUGUGUGGUUAUUUCUUAUUAAGAGAAAACUUUCUUGCUGCUGUAAGGUAUAUGCUCUGUGCUAAUGGAAUAGACGAGUGUUCUUGCUACUAUAAUAAACUAUUUACUAUAAAA